CUACCAAGCUACCCAAGAUGGAUGUCGUUCGCGGAUCGAGAAGAACCAAAGCACUAAAAAGGUGCAUCAGCAAAAAGCCGAGCGGGGAAGAAAUAAAAGGGCAACGCAGAGAAGGGAAAAGGAAAAGGAAAAUCAGCACCCAUAGUACUUUCUAGCCUUCCGCCUCACAAGCAAACAUUAGCUUCAACCUUUCCCCCUCCUUUACUACAUCACCCCGAGUCUCCUGGAACAGGCAGUCCCCUGCGGGUGCCCACCCUCGACAUGUCCGCUCAAAAUCUUUCCUUCGUCCUUGAAGGAGUCCAUCGAGUCAAAUUCGAAGAUCGGCCGGUUCCCGAUAUCAAUGAUCCCCAUGAUGUCCUUGUGAACGUUCGGUUCACUGGUAUAUGCGGUAGUGAUGUUCAUUAUUGGGAGCAUGGGUCCAUUGGGCAAUUUGUCGUGAAGGAACCUAUGGUCUUGGGGCACGAGUCGUCCGGAGUCAUCGCCAAGGUAGGCUCUGCAGUUACUAGUCUAAAGGUAGGCGAUUGCGUUGCCAUGGAACCUGGGAUCCCAUGUCGCCGGUGCGAGCCUUGCAAAGCGGGGAAGUAUAACCUCUGUGAGAAAAUGGCAUUCGCGGCAACCCCUCCGUACGAUGGCACCUUGGCCAAGUAUUACGUCCUGCCCGAAGAUUUCUGCUAUAAGGUCCCUGAAAGUAUCACCUUACAGGAGGCCGCAGUUAUGGAGCCUCUUGGCGUCGCCGUUCACAUAGUCAAACAAGCAGGCGUCAGACCAGGCCAAUCAGUGGUAGUGUUUGGAGCCGGCCCCGUUGGACUUCUGUGCUGUGCCGUGGCGAAGGCUUACGGCGCGUCCAAAAUUAUAGCGGUGGAUAUUCAGAGGGGUAGGCUAGAGUUUGCCAAAAAAUAUGCGGCAACUGCCACAUUCGAGCCAGCCAAAGCGACCCCGUCGGUUAAUGCUCAACAGAUGAUAGAGGAAAAUGACUUGGGUUCGGGCGCUGACGUCGCCAUUGACGCAUCAGGAGCGGAGCCCUCGGUCCACACAGGUAUACAUGUGCUCCGUGCUGGUGGUACAUAUGUUCAAGGUGGUAUGGGUAGGAGCGAGAUCGCCUUUCCGAUUAUGGCAGCUUGCACGAAAGAAUUGAACGUCAAGGGCAGCUUCCGCUAUGGCAGUGGUGACUAUAAGCUCGCAGUCUCCCUGGUAGCGUCUGGCAAAGUAAACGUGAAGGAACUGAUCACUGGAAUCGUCAAAUUUGAAGACGCUGAGAGUGCAUUCAAAGAGGUUAAAUCUGGGAAGGGCAUCAAGACGCUCAUCGCUGGCGUCGACUCAUGAAGAUCUUUCAGGCACAUGUACUAGCAAAUGCAGAAGCAGACUGCCAACAUUCUCCAUCGAUACCUCCAUUAAUCUGC